UCCAAACUGGAGCGGAGCCGGCAGGGAAAUAGGCCUAGGAAAACCAUGGCUGCUACUAAGGGAAUGGCCAUCGGCAUUGACCUGGGCACCACCUACUCCUGUGUGGGGGUGUUCCAGCACGGCAAGGUGGAGAUCAUUGCCAAUGAUCAAGGCAACCGCACCACCCCCAGUUACGUGGCCUUCACUGACACCGAGCGGCUCAUUGGGGAUGCGGCCAAGAACCAGGUAGCCAUGAAUCCCCAGAACACUGUCUUUGAUGCCAAGCGUUUGAUUGGAAGGAAAUUUAAUGAUCCUGUGGUGCAAUCAGAUAUGAAACUUUGGCCUUUUCAAGUAAUCAAUGAUGGGGGUAAGCCCAAGGUUUUGGUAUCGUACAAAGGAGAAAAUAAGGCUUUCUAUCCUGAGGAAAUCUCUUCCAUGGUACUGACUAAAAUGAAGGAGACUGCAGAAGCAUUUUUGGGCCACUCUGUCACCAAUGCUGUGAUCACCGUGCCAGCCUAUUUUAAUGACUCUCAACGCCAGGCCACUAAGGAUGCAGGUGUGAUUGCAGGACUCAAUGUACUAAGAAUCAUCAAUGAACCCACAGCUGCUGCCAUUGCCUAUGGUUUAGAUAAGGGAGGUCAGGGAGAGCGACAUGUCCUGAUCUUUGAUUUAGGGGGAGGCACAUUUGACGUGUCCAUCCUGACUAUAGAUGAUGGGAUUUUUGAGGUGAAGGCCACAGCUGGGGACACCCACCUGGGUGGGGAGGACUUUGACAACAGGCUGGUGGGCCACUUUGUGGAGGAGUUCAAAAGGAAACACAAAAAGGACAUCAGCCAGAACAAGCGAGCUGUGAGGCGGCUGCGCACCGCCUGUGAGAGGGCCAAGAGAACCCUGUCGUCCAGCACCCAGGCCAACCUGGAGAUUGACUCCCUGUUUGAGGGUAUAGACUUCUACACUUCCAUCACCAGAGCUCGGUUUGAAGAGUUGUGUGCAGAUCUGUUUAGGGGCACCUUGGAGCCAGUGGAGAAAGCUCUUCGUGAUGCCAAGAUGGAUAAGGCUAAAAUCCAUGACAUUGUUUUAGUGGGGGGCUCCACUCGUAUCCCCAAGGUACAGAGGCUGCUGCAGGACUACUUUAAUGGUCGUGAUCUCAACAAGAGCAUCAAUCCUGAUGAAGCAGUCGCCUAUGGAGCUGCAGUACAGGCAGCCAUUUUGAUGGGUGACAAGUCUGAAAAAGUACAAGACCUGCUUUUGUUGGAUGUGGCUCCCUUGUCCCUAGGUUUGGAGACGGCUGGGGGCGUGAUGACUGCCCUGAUCAAGCGCAACUCCACCAUCCCCACCAAACAGACGCAGAUCUUCACCACCUACUCAGACAACCAGCCUGGGGUGCUGAUCCAGGUGUACGAGGGUGAGAGGGCCAUGACCAGGGACAACAAUUUGCUAGGGCGCUUUGAUCUGACUGGAAUCCCUCCUGCACCCAGGGGAGUACCUCAGAUUGAGGUGACCUUUGACAUCGACGCUAAUGGUAUUCUUAAUGUCACAGCCAUGGACAAGAGCACAGGCAAGGCCAACAAGAUCACUAUCACCAAUGACAAGGGCCGCCUGAGCAAAGAGGAGAUUGAGCGCAUGGUUCUGGAUGCUGAGAAAUAUAAAGCUGAAGAUGAGGUCCAGAGGGAAAAAAUCACUGCAAAAAAUGCCUUAGAAUCCUAUGCUUUUAACAUGAAGAGUGCUGUGUCUGAUGAAGGCUUGAAGGGCAAAAUUAGUGAGUCUGAUAAAAAGAAAAUACUGGAUAAAUGCAAUGAAGUCCUUUCGUGGCUGGAGACCAAUCAACUGGCUGACAAAGAUGAGUUUGAUCAUAAGAGAAAAGAAUUGGAGCGUGUGUGUAACCCAGUCAUUACAAAACUUUACCAGGGAGGAUGCACUGGACCUGCCUGUGGAAUAGGGAACCCCUCUGGAAGGUCUGCUGCAGGCCCCACCAUUGAAGAAGUAGAUUAAUUUCAUCUGGAAACUGGAGGGUUCUAGGGUCCCUGUAAGAUGAAUUUUGUUUCCCUUAUCUUCACACAUUCUUAUGAUUCUUGAAUUGACUGGACCUAUACCUAAGUUUACCAUCUCUUUGGGAUUCUGAUGAAGGAGUUUUUUACACCAUCUUUUCACAUAAAGGUCCUUUUUACUGAUUCUGGAAUAAGACUCUUAGGAAAACUAGACCCUCUUUGAACCAUUUGAGGAAUUUGAAUGUCUGUUAUUUAUUUCUGCCUAGCCCCAACUUUCUUCUUUCUGUGUGGAUGGUUGUCAUUCAUUAAAUUUGUUCCAAAAGCAAAUGAUUUCUGGUGUCGUAGGCUGUGUAUAUCUUGAAAAGCAAUAAAAAGAGCUCCUGGAGAUAGUAUGUAUCCCCUGAUUGUGAGCUCAUUGUGAGUGAUUAAGCUGCUAAGGGCAAAGU